CCAAUUAAAGUGGGAGGGAGCACCUCUCUGAUCAUGUCACUCUCUCUGCUCCGAUUCAGUCUCGAACCGAAGAGAAUCUAACCGAAGGAAGUAGCAUUUCAAUUUUCAUCCAAUGUUGGAACAACAACUACGUUGUUUUUGAAAUCCAAGCAUUGUCUUUUCCCUUCUAUGUUGUUCCACCCACGACCCUUGUCCCUCCAAACCUUGCUCAAGCGUGGCUUCACCCCCACUCCCAAACCCAUCAACCGCUUCCUCCUUUUCCUCUUCCACCUCCAAAAGUUCAACCUAAUAACCCACUUCUUCUCUCAGCUGCAAACCAACAGCACCCCCACCAACCCCCGAACCCUCUCCCUCUUCACAUGGGCACUCCUCAAAUCCCACAAAUUCGAACAAGCAGAACAAUUCAUGCACACUCACUUGAAAAUCACUCACCCCUUCAUGUGGGACACCCUCAUCCAAGGCCUCUGUGCCCAACGCCACGACCCUGAGAAAGCUCUCUCCGUUUUGCGGCGUUGUGUGAGGGACCGUGCUGUAGUACCUUCUUCUUUCACCUUUUGUUUUAUAGUUCAUGAAUUGAGCUCAAAGGGGCUGAUGGGUAUGGCCGUUGAGGUGCUGGAGUUGAUGGCUGAGGAUGGAGUCAGGUACCCUUUUGAUGAUUUUGUGUGUAGUUCCGUGAUUUCUGGGUUUUGUAGGGUUGGAAAACCGGAACUUGGGGUGGAUUUUUUUAAGAGAGUCACUGAUUUUGGUGGGUUUAGGCCCAAUGUGGUGACUUGCACGGCUCUUGUGGGGGCUCUUUGCAAGAUGGGGAGGGUUGGAGAAGUAUGUGAUUUGGUGCAGUGGAUGGAGAAGGAAGGGUUGGGAUUGGAUGUUGUUUUGUAUAGUGCUUGGGCUUGUGGGUAUGUUGAGGAGAGGAUUUUGGUUGAGGUUUUAAGGAGGAUGAGGGAAAUGGAGGAGAAGGGUAUAGACCAUGAUUGUGUAAGUUAUACUGUGCUUAUAGAUGGGUUCUCCAAGCUAGGUGAUGUGGAGAAGUCGUUUACUUUCUUGGCCAAGAUGAUAAAAGAAGGACAUAGACCUAAUAAAGUCACUUACAGUGCAAUCAUGUCUGCUUAUUGUAAGAAGGGUAAGGUGGAGGAAGCGUUUGCUGUUUUCGAAAUCAUGAAAGAAUUAGGAAUUGAAAUGGAUGAAUAUGUGUAUGUGAUUUUGAUUGAUGGGUUUGGAAGGAGAGGGGAUUUCAAUAAGGUGUUUAGUCUGUUUGAUGAAAUGGAGAGGAGCGAGAUCAGCCCUAGUGUUAUUGCAUACAAUGCUGUUAUGAAUGGUUUAUCCAAGCAUGGGAGGACAGUAGAGGCGGAUGAGUUAUCGAAAAAUGUUGCUGCAGAUGUGAUUACAUACAGCACACUUUUGCAUGGGUAUACUGAAGAAGAGAACAUUCCCGGGAUUUUGCAGACAAAGAAGCGAAUAGAAGAAGCUGGGAUAGCUAUGGAUGUUGUCAUGUGUAAUGUACUGAUCAAAGCACUGUUCAUGAUGGGGGCUUUUGAAGAUGUUUAUGCACUUUACAGAGGAAUGUCUGAAAUGGAUCUGGUUCCAAAUUCAGUGACUUACUGCACAAUGAUUGAUGGGUAUUGCAAGAUACGUAGACUUGACGAGGCACUAGAGGUAUUUGAUGAAUUUAGAAAGACUUCAAUCUUGUCACAGGCGUGCUACAAUAGUAUUAUUAAUGGCCUUUGCAAGAAUGGUAUGGCAGAAAUGGCCAUUGACGCAUUUCUUGAACUCCAUAACUCAGGUCUCGAGUUGAAUAUAGGUACAUUUAGGAUGUUAAUGAAUACAAUUUUUGAAGAAAACAAUACAAAAGAGGCUUUAGAUUUUGUUUACAGAAUGGAUGGUUUGGGACCAGACAUAUAUAGUGCAGUAUGUAAUGAUUCUAUCUUUUUAUUAUGUCGAAGAGGAUUACUUGAUGAUGCAAAUCAUAUGUACAUGAUGCUGAAAAAGAGAGGUCAACCUGUCACGGGCAAGUCUUAUUACUCAAUUUUGAGAGGGUAUCUUAGUAAUGGGAACAGGGAGAAAAUUCUGCCCCUUUUGAAUAGCUUCCUGAAAGAAUAUGGUCUAGUUGAACCAAUGGUACAAAGUAUACUUGCAUGCUACCUCUGUCUGAAAGAUGUCAACCGUGCCCUUCAAUAUCUUGGAAAAAUGGUGGAUAACUCUGUUGCCGACAUUUUCCCUGCCUCUAUUCUUAAGAUUCUCAUAAAGGAGGGUAGAUCUUUAGAUGCAUAUAAGCUUGUCACAGAGACUCAAGAUAAUUUACCAGUCACAUAUGUUGAUUAUGCCAUUGUUAUUGAUGGUUUGUGCAAGGGUGGAUAUCUCAAUAAAGCAUUGGAUCUCUGUGCCUUUCUUGAAAGGAAGGGGAUGAAUUUGAACAUAGUCAUAUAUAAUUCAAUCAUAAAUGGAUUGUGCCAUGAGGGAUGUCUUAUUGAGGCAUUUCGGCUGUUGGAUUCGUUAGAGAAACUUAAUUUGGUACCCUCUGAAAUAACUUACGCUACAGUAGUUUAUGCUCUAUGUAGAGAGGGGUUUUUGAUAGAUGCAGAGCAUAUUUUCAGGAAAAUGGUCCUCAAGGGCUUUCAGCCUAAAGUACAAGUUUACAACUCAUUACUUGAUGGAUUUUCUAAGCUUGGACGAUUAGAAAAGGCAUUUGAGCUUCUUAUUGAUAUGGAGACAAAAUAUAUCGAGCCUGACAGUUUGACGAUAAGUGCUGCAAUUAAUUGCUAUUGCCAAAAGGGUGACAUGCAAGGAGCCCUUGAAUUUUACUAUAAGUUCAAGAUUAAAUCUGUAUCACCUGAUUUUUUUGGCUUCUUAUAUUUGAUAAGAGGUCUUUGUUCCAAGGGAAGGAUGGAAGAAGCCAGGAGUGUCUUGAGAGAAAUGCUCCAAUCCAAGCAUGUGGCAGAAUUGAUAAACAUAGUCAACAAGGAGGUUGAUAGUGAGUCAAUAAGUGAUUUCCUUGCCACUUUGUGUGAGCAAGGAAGGGUUCAAGAAGCUGUUACAGUUCUCAAUGAAAUUGCCUGUAUACUCUUUCCUGUUCAAAAGUUGUCCACUUAUAAACGACAAAAGAUUUAUGAAUGGAAGGAUUUUGGUUCAAAAUGCUCAAGCAUUCUACCUUCCUCUUGCAGAAGUGGUUGGAAUCUUGGAUCUUAUGAUGACAAAGAUGUAAAUAAUCUUGCAACAAAUAAUAAUGAUUGUAUGACAAGAUCCCAGAUACAUGGUUUUGACUUCUAUUAUUCUAGAAUUGCUGCACUUUGUGCCAAAGGGGAACUUCAGAAAGCAAAUCAAUCAGCGAAAGAAAUGCUUUCUGAUCUGACAGAGUCCAUGAACUGAACGUGUGGGGUAAAUAAGGAGAAUUCUUUUAGUGCUUGAACUGCUCCCCGUGUGCUGCUGGCAAAGAGAGCACACGGAUGACACCUACAGGACUGGAUGAAUGCUGGAUCCUUUUUGAAAAGGCAGUUAUGUAACAUGGUUGAUGAACUACUGUCUGUCCUUGCUCCUGUUCGGCACUGUCACCCAUAAAGUGAUUACCAAGGAACCUGCUGGACUCAACACUGAGCCAAUAUAGAAAUGCUCAUGGUAUACACGUCGGAUGGCUGCUAACACAAUACUCAGAAUACAAGAGCUGUAAUAAUGUUGUUGUAAUUCUUGAAGAAAGGGGAUAAACUGCAUGCUAAUUUCUGCUUUAAGCCUGGAUCGACCAAAGUCUUACUCCCUCUCUUUGUGGCUAUUGAAUGUAAGUGUUUUUCUUUCUGUUCAUGUUAUAAUAAAUAAGCAUAUUGAGUUGGAUUAUUGUUCUUUGAUUUUCUGCCUUUCUUCCCCUCUUUCAACUGAAUGAUGCUUGAUUUGUAGACAUUAAAUUUUACUUUAUUCUCUCUGGCCUUAUAGAUCUUGAGUGUUUUUUCUAUUAAGGUUAAGUAUUUCUCAGCCAGUUGCAUGUAAUUGCAAACUGGCUGUGUCUUGAGCCUUUGACAGAGAUGGCUGGACUGUGGAGACAACUGGAGUUAGACGUUGAAAAAUGCCUAUCUGGAAGAAUGAUUGUGUAAUGUCACCAAAAAUAGAACUAUAACAUUAUUGGAAGGUUUGAAUUUUUCUUUUGUUGGUGGUUGAAAAUUAAUAUUAUGUAAGAACAAUUAUGAUGUAUUCAUAGAUAGUUCAAAUUUACUUCUGUCAGUCCAGUCACCUACCUAAACUACUUACAUUAUUCAUUUAUGGCUUAAAUAAGGUUUAUAGUUUUAA